AUGAAGUUGCUAAUUCCCUGCAUUACAGCCAUCUUCGCGACGGUAGCACUGGGGGCGCCAGCCUCAGAUGCCCCACUCGACACUCGUGCUGACCGUGGAUCAUACACCGUCUCUGGUCUGGGAGCUCGUAAGCAGGCGAUUCUCAAUGCUGGCGGAAACACCCUUGACCUCGCCAUCGCCAUGCUGGAGAUCGAGAAUAUGGACCCCUACAGCUACCCUUACGGCGACGGCAAGACCUAUGACUCCGCCAACUUUGGUGUCUUCAAGCAGAACUGGGGCAUGCUCCGUGUUUGCGCGUCUCGCUACGGCUUCCAGGGUCAGACAGAGGCCCAGUGGAACAAUGGAGCUUUGCUCAACUCUAAUAUGUACGCCGACGUUGCCUCGCGCUGGGACUGCCAAAACUACUACGGCUACGACAAGUGGUUCGCAGGGCACCGCAAUGGAGCCUCUGGUCUGGCCAACCCAUACACCACUGACAUUGAGAACUACAAAUCGGCGGUGCAAUGGAUCCAGCAGCAGAUUGACAGCAACAGUCAAUACAAGACUGAUGAUACUCGUUUCUGGGUCAACGUCCCUGCCAUCUAG